AUGAUAGCAACAGUAGUAGCGGUCGAUACGAAUCUCGUGGUAAGUCCGGCGAUUACGCGAUCGGCGGCCGACAAGUCGCUUCCGGCCCAUUCUUUUUGCGUCCUUCCGUUGUCGCCUCCGCCGCUGUCGCCGUCCGAGUCUCCGUAGAUAUUUGUAUUAUUAUUUUUUUUUUCUCUGCUACGUUACAAUUGUUCCCGCGGCGUGAGUGAGUCAUUUUGCUCCGUCACUGCGACUGGGGCCCGUCCGGUUACCUCUAUUAUGAUGACACACGCGCAGCACUGUGGUCAUGCCGCCGCACCCUAGGCAAAACGUAUUAUAAACAAAACGUAGCCCUCUCUAUUAGUAUAGCAGCACCUAUUAUUACCCGAUGACCGCCGCGAUCUGUGGCACCGUCUUGUUUCCCGAACCGACGACUGAUUCGCGUGCACUUGUUUGUUCGUUCGCAGCAUCUCGAACGAGAUCGACGUCAUGCCGUUUCCGCCGCCACCACCGCCGCCGCCGCCACCCGCGGGCGUUCAGUCGGGGCCUCCGCCACCCCCGCCGAUCGGACUACCGGGGUUCGGUGGCGGAGGCAAGAAGGGUUCAAAUCCUGUCCAGGCCAGAGACCAGCUGCUCAACUCUAUCAGGCAAGGCAAGGCCCUGAGGAAGACCGUGACCAACGACAAGAGCAAGCCGCUUGUUGACAGUAAGUGCCUGUAUCCAGUGAUCGCAUGUAAAUAUCUGUUUGAUAUCACAUUUCGUCGUGAACAGACACUGCAAAUUUACUAAUGCGUAUCGUCAUGAUGAAUGUGUUGUAAUAUUAUUAUUGUAGUACGUUUCGAUUUUGGUUUUUUUAACGUAAGUUUAUUGCACUUUUGCACGGUCAUUAAUAACAGACGCUUUGUAGUACCAUGAUUAUCUAGUUGCUUAUGUGAAACGUUCAAGUAUGAUUUUUAAUAAUAUAGAUUCUACAAAAACACCUGUUAAAUGUAACGGUACAGUAAAACACGAAGAAAUGAGUUCUAUAGCUUCACGGAUACCUAAUGGCUUAGCAGAAUUGUUUGCCGGAGGCAUGCCUAAACUUAAACCGACUGGAUUAGCUGUAACAGGUACGAUCACUUUAGAUAAAAUCAGAAACUGAGGGAAUACAAAUUACAUACAUAUCAAAAUAUGAAAACAAGUAGACAGUUAUUAUUAAAUUGAUAAUUUUAAAUGGUUAGUAUUGUAUAAGUACUGGAAAUUUAGAAUAUUUGAAAAAAAAUAUAAUAAUAUGAAUCUACAUUUUUUUAUUUUUCAUGUUGAAUUAUAUUUUAAACAGACGUGUGUUGUAUUUAAAUCAAUUAUUUAACUGUGUCCAAUUCUGCUUAAAUACAAAAUGAAAAGUAAAUUAACAAUUAAAGAUAUUUAGAUAUUUUAUAUGAUUAAAUUGAGCUAAUAUAUAAUGCAGGUAAGAUAAAAGCUAUACAAAUAGAAUGAAAUAAAAUAGUGAGAUGAAUAAAACACAUUACAUACAUAUAAUAUUGUACAUAGUAGUUUAUACCUACAAAUAAAUUAUUUUAUUUAUUCAAAUAAGUAAUAAAUAACUCGUGUGUUUAAUAUUGUUUUUAAAAAGAUAAAAUACAAAUAUUUAAGUCUUAGUAUUAUUUUACUAAAUUAAUCUUUUUUAUAUUAUAUUUAACAAAAGAAAGUACUUAACAGAAAUAUCCUUAUUUAUUAUAACUAUAUAUUACUCAAGAUAUUAAAAUAUAGUAAGUAAAUAUAUAAAUAAAAAUAAAUAAAUAAAUUAAUGUAUGUGUCGCCUGGAGUAUUAUGAUAAGUAUCAGAGUCUCGUUUUCCAUUUUGACUGUGAUAUACCAUUCAUUCAUUUGUUUUAUUUUAUUUUUUUAUAUAUAUUUAGUAUUUAUAUAUUUAUUUAUGAAUAUUAACCAUUUUAAUAAAUUUUUUUUAACUGUAUUAUUUUAUUUUUCAAUAUAUUACAUAUUAUCUCUGUAUCUUAUUUAAAAAUUAAAAUUAAUAUUAUUUUAUUUGUUAUUGGUCUAAAAUUUAGUUAGAAAUAAUUAACAUACUACUAUGUAUUUAUUAUUUGUCAUUGUAAUGGAAUAAAUUAUUAUGAAGAACUCAUUAAAUUUUAUUGAUUAAAAAAAAAAACAACAAAUAUUUUCAAUUUCUUAAUAACUUGAAUCCAAUUUUUUAUAAUUCUAUAACUUAGCGUACAACAUUGUUUCAUUAUUUGAUUAUCUAAUCAUUUUAAUGUUAUUAUUUUAUUUGAUUUGAUUUUAUUACUUUUGAGCGAUUGCAAGAAUAAUUUUGUUUUAAACAAAAAAUAAAUAAUUGAAAAUGUAUAUCACAGUAAAAUAUGUGUAUAGUCAUUUAUAUUAUAUUAUUGCUAUAUUCUGUGCAUUUGACUAUGCGCACAAAUAGAUAAUAUUAUAAAUAUAAUUACUAACAUUUCUUCGAAUAAAUAACAAAUAUAAUUUAGAUAUUAAACAAACAUAAUAUUGAAACCACAUCUUUUAUCAAUAAAGUGUUAUUCAAUAUAACAAAUUUAAUUGAAAAUAAAAUUGUUGAGAAUCUAUAAAUUGUAUUAUAUUAAUAUUUUAAUAUUAUAUAUAUAUAUAUAUAUAUACUUAUAUUUUAUUUAUAUAUUUAUAUUUUUACAAGUUUAUAAAGUAUUAUAUAAUAGUACUAUAAUGUAGUUAUACCUAUUUGUUUCACAUGUGUUUCUUUGUUUUUCUAGUUAAUAAUCUGUCAAGUAAUUUAUUUUACGUCGAUAUUUUAUUUAGACAAUGUUAUCCCUACAGUUAUUGAUGACUAAUCUAUAAAAUAUUAAAAUGAAAUACUUGCUAAGAACCUAAAUAAUUAAUAAUAAAAAUAAUAUUUAAAUGUGUUAGGUAUUGACUGCAAUUUGAGUAGGUCUUAAUUUGAAAGAUGUUUUUAAAAAAAAUCAUUUAGAUGACCUUGAUUAGAAUGACCCAAUUUUACCUGGAUCUUAAAAAGGUAAUGUUGGCAUCUUUGUAUGUCAAUCAUAUACUUGAUAUUUCUUCAUAUUUUUCUUUGUUUGGUUACAACUGAUUAAAAUCUUUAAAAAAACUGGAUUGCAGUUAUUUGUCAUGCAUUAAUUGAUUUCAUUUUAAAUAUUUCACAAAUUUCUUCAUUAUGUAAAGUAAAAAAAAAAUUAUAUUUUUUUUUUGUAUUACUAUUUAAUCUCCUGCAACAAUAACAUAUUAAACAAAUUAGUUUAUUCUUUAGAAAAUGUUUUUUUAUUAAAAUAUUAUUGCUAUUUGGUAAUUUAUUAUAAUAUCAAUAUGUAUAGAGAACUAAAUUAUGUGUAAUUUUUUGUUCAGGUUUUACUAUAUAAUAUAAAAUAAAGUUAAUAAGUUAAUAAAAGUUCCAAUUUAUUUUUGUAUACAUUUUGAUAAUAAAAAUCUUAAGUGGUUUAAAUAUGAUAUAUUUUUUAAAAAUAAUAAUUUAGUUUAAUUUCAUAAUUUAGGUUUAUACAAUUUAUUCUAAAAAAUUGUUAUAUAAUGUUUGUUCUAUUUUAUUAUUUCAACUAGAUAUUUUAUUUCUAUUAUAAAAAUUAAAUUUUUAAUAUCUAACAAAAAAACAUUUUUGUAUUAAGAAUUUAUGACUAUUUAAUAAAUAUGCUACACUUCAUAUUAUUAAAGCAACUGUAGAUUGUCAAAUAAAUCAUUCUAUAAUUUAAGUAUUAUUUAAUCUAAUUUGAGUAAAUUGUAUUGUAUAUAAUACAAUUAGUUGUUAAUACAACAUACUUUUAAACUAAACUGUAAAAUGCCUAAUUAUACUGUUUUAUAAUAUUGUAGGACAACCAAGAACUCAAACACCAUCAUCAAAUAAUUCAUCAUCAGUCUCAUUGUUUAAUCAAACAACUGUAAACAACUCGCCUUCAAAAAUAAACACAUUGCCUUUACAUAAGGUAAUUAAUAUAUUAUUACGUGAAUUCAACUAUAGUAAACAUAAAAAUUUGUAUAUUUUAUUAUAUUCAAAAUAUAUGCUUAGAAAUAUGAUGAAAUUGGUAAAAUGCAAAACGAUAUAAAAAUAAGAGGACCACCACCUCAACCACCAUCAUUUAACCAAAAAUCUACUAUUCCUUCGGUAAUUUUAUCUUAAUAUUAUUUAUUCCUUUUUCUAAUUUCUAAUUUAUCUUUCAGAGUACUUCUGAGCCUGUUUCGAUUCUGCCUCCGGGUGUUGGUCAUAACCGGACUGGUAGUGUUCCGAGUCUUAUAUCUGAUAAUGUAACUGGUAGAGGACCCCCUCCAGGUGGUUAUGGUAAACCGAAUGUAGCACCAAAACCACCAUCAGUCAAACCAGCUGUGCCGACAAAAAAGUCAACAUUGACUGUUAGUUCAUCUAAUUUAGUGGGUGUUGGCGACGGACGAAGUUUAGUUUCUAGAGCACAGAGUAUGAGGAUACCAAGAACUCCUCCAGCUGCUCCUAAUAGUCAACGUAAGUGUUUAUAUACUUUUGAGGAUAUAUUAUGUUUUAAUUUGUUUUAUUAAAUUUUCCACAGCACCUCAAUUUAAUAAUUUGACCAUCAGUAGUAAAAAUCAAUUACCUGCUUUCCAUCAAUCGCAAGACAGUAUUUUAAGGAGUUCUCCCAACACCCCACCAAAUGCUCAAUGGGGAUCCCGAACAUUGCGCCCUAUUAAACAUCCAAAUACUAGACCACCACCUCCGCCCAUUAAAGCACCGUUAAACCCACCUGCGUGUGCUCCACCACCACCGCCGCCACCACACCGGACUGUUCCUCCUCCUCCACCACCCAAUGUACCCCCUCAUAAAAGUUACCAGAGUAAUGUAAGUAUUAGCUACUAAUUAUCUAAAAUGACUUAAAUGCAUAGGGUUUAUUAAUAAUAUAUUUAUAUAUUCAGGUAACUAAUGGAGCUCCUCCAACACCCCCAACACGUCAUUCUUCUAUGAGAAAUGGUCCAACUUCUGUUUUAAACAUGUCACUUUUGGGUUAGAUGACUAAUGUAAUAUUAAUUAAGGAGCCACUUUAAUGAUAAAUGUGUAAUUUUUACAGAGGAAAUGGAAAUGAGGUUUUCUGGUAUGUUCAAACCAAUUGUUAGACUUCCACCGCCACCAAUUUUCCAAAGAGUUGAUAAAAUUUAUAAUAGCAGACUAGUCGGUAAAUAAAAAUUUGCUUUUUUUUAUUUGAUAUAAAAAUAUUAUUUAAUUUUGAAAAAUUAUUUCAGUUGCAAAACAUCAAGCUCCUAAGCCACCAGGUUAUUGA